AUGGUACCAAAUCCAUGUCGAGACGUGUGUUCUCCGUUAGAAAUCUAUGCCGGUCAACAAGCGGUUCGGCUUUUCAUUUCGUUGGCCUUAGUCGGAAUCAUAACCCUGUUGAUUGCGUUUAUCACGUUCUACGCUUUUCUGUACAAAAGAACGGACGUCAAUCGACGUCAAUCGUCCGUAUCGUUAAAAUAUGACAUGGACAAACUGUGCAGUCUCAGUUUUGACUACUGUGUCGACGAAGACGACGACGACGGAGAGUUUGACAACGAUUCGUCUGAUCAGACGCAAGACGAUUCGUCUAUGUCGAAAAAAUGCGAAAAAAAUGGUGUCUAA